AUGCCUCGACGAUCCUCGAGACUGGCUCUUCCUGAGGCCGCUAGUGCUCCACCGACGGCGCGUGACCUUGCCGAAGCAAUCCUGUCUGACUCGCCGUCGAAAGAGUCCCUCGAUAAAGUCGCGGCGCUUUAUGUCGCGCAUUUGAGCGAAGAAAGCAACGAUGAACAGACGCUCAAGUUCUUGAGAGAGCUAGACGCUCUGUGCUAUCUGGAACGCGCUCUAUGGCCGCUCGUAGACGUCAUCUCGACCGUUCGUGACUGUCACAGCCACGUCCAGAAGGCGUGGCUGGUGUCGGUGCUGCUCAUUGUGGGCUAUAAAGCUCGGAGAGAAGGCAAAACGUCUGGUGCAAAUAGCUCUGCUGGAGUGUGGUCAUUCCUAAGCAAAAAAGACGCUGACUGGAAGAUAUUCGUGACGACAUUGUGGACAGUAGUUGAGGAGGCAGAUGCUGUGAUGGAAGGCGACGCCAAGUGGACGCUAAAGGAGCAAACGGCACUGACACAGUUUCUGAUCACGUGCUUCCAAAGUCUGGAUGUGCCGCAGGUUGCUUCGUCCGUGCUGCAGAUGACAUCUCUGCCUCUCUGGACGGCACUAUCGCCGGGUCAACGAGCGCUCGAGUUUCAGAUGUAUCCGAAGCUCGAGCGACACUGGGAUCGUAUCAUGUCCGACACUGUUCUGGUAUCGACGAAAGAAGAGAAAGCGUCUACAACGAGAGCAAACAAGCGCCGCAAAGUGAAAGAACCGACAGCGGCGCUACGUCCGGAUCAAGCUGCGUUGGUGCACCGACUUGAUGCUUUUUUACUGGUGCUAAAAGCGCCAAUCGAUGAAGACAUGCCCAAGCACGAGAUAGCUUCGCGACUGCGCUUUGUUGCGUUGUUCUUGGCCUUGCUGAUUGACCUUUUGAGUCAGCUACCAACGCGUCGCUUCCUGCUGACAGUGCUGAGGCGUCGUCACGUGCACACCGCGCUUCGCAACAGUGUGCUGAUUCAACAUUCGCUGCAGUGGCAAAGUGCCAACGACAGACAAGCCAUCAAGAAGCAGCUGGCUCUAUUAGACGCAUGCAUGAGAUUUCCGGUUGACGCGCACACAGGCGAGUCGCUUUCGUCACGGGAAUAUCGUGAACAGCAGGAUCGCCACAUUCAAGCGAUGCAACAGCGCGCAUUCCAGUUAUUUAGAAACUCGAGAGUGGAAGAGCUGGCCAUCGCGCCAUGCAGUCACAUUGCAAAUGCUGCUGGAUUCACCGAGAUGCUAACGUCCAUAGUCAGUGCUGAUCGCUCGCAGCUCUCGUCGCUGGCUAUCGCUGUUGGUGUACUAGCUGAUCAGACAGAAGCCAGCACUGUCUCUGAUACGGAGUUGAUUGAUUUCUUCAAGGAAGAAUACUCGGUUGGCAGCAGCACCGCCCAGGACGCGCUUUCUUCCGAUAUGCCCGUUUAUCCCACCGAGUUGGACAUUUGGAACCAAAUGCUGGAUCGAAAGGAUCUGGCUGCGCAAAGCGCCAAUGCAUCAGGUGAUGAAGAUCCUACGGAAACAGUGGACAAGACAAGGGAGUUGGACGGCGUCUACAACGCGGAUAAAAGUAAUCUGUUCCCGGUGCUUCCUGUGCGCAAAUUGGGUCUGCAAUUUCUGAAUGUAGCGGACUAUUUGCAGCGCAAUUAUGAGCUGCUUCAACUAGAAGCAGCACAAGAUAUUCGCGAGGAUCUUGAGACAACUAUUCGCCAGCUUGACGCCGUGCGUGCUUUGCGUUCAUCUCGUGCAAACGAUACGACCUUUCGUGGUUUCUCUCGUUUCGGUGUACCGCUAGCAAGUGCGCUUCAGAUCGUGAAAGUCAGCAAGCCAUCACUUGGCCAAGUUGCUCCAGCAUCCGUUAUUGCAGAGCUAGAGGUAGAUCUGUCCAGCCGCCACGAUCGCAAGUACUUUGAUUGUUACCAGACGAAGGAAGUGGUUUUUCUAGUAACUGUGAGAGCUACAGCUGAUGAAGGAUGCGAGAUAAUGGGCUUCCAGGAACAGGCAAGAGACAAGGGAUCGUUUCCCGAGAACUACGGUGUGCAAUAUGUGCGUGCAGCAGAAGUCAUGAGGGUCACAGAUGUUGCUGGUAAUGCUAUUAAUGACGAAAACCCUAUCGGUAAAGGCAGCAAGCGAACGUUCAAACUAGCCUUGGAUGGUGUGCAGUACAAGAACGAUUUAGAAGCUGGCCAGCUUGAGGCGUACGAACAAGUGAAUUUGUUGGUGCGACGUCAACCUCGCGACAACAAUUUCAAGGCUGUGCUGGACACACUCUCCGGUGCGUGGCGCGAUGCUGACAAGGAAGAAUUGCUGCCAGCAUGGUUGCAUGACCUGUUCUUGGGAUACGGUGAUCCGGCUGCUGCGCUGUAUAAGUCGAUCUACAAGGCGAGGGCAGAGAAGCAGGUGACAGUGUCAAUGGGCGAGUUUCUGCAAGACGGCGAGCAUGCACUCGAAGCUGGUGGUGCCGAGAAGCUUGUACUUGCCGAUGAUGACACGCAAGAGCUUAGUGCUAAGGACGCGGUUGCCCCAUUCACGUACGUCGAGGAUGUUCGCGAUGGCUCAACUUUCAUCCGGGCGUCUCGCAAGAAGAACAAGCGUUCUGCCGAGCAUCCAGGCGCUCAUACGUCAGUUCGCUUUUCCAAAGCACAAGUAGCUGCCGUGCGUACAGGAUUAUGUGAGGGCAUGACUCUAGUCGUGGGUCCACCAGGUACAGGCAAGACCGACGUAGCUGUGCAGCUCGUGUUGAACCUGUACCGCUUGACCCCGCCACGUGAGAAGGUGCUGAUCGUCGCUCAUUCGAACCAAGCACUCAACGACUUUUUCUCGAAGAUCCUGGCACACAACAUUGUCCAUGAAGCUGAAAUCGUGCGAAUGGGACAACGGCAACUUGCAAGUGCAAACGGCUUACCAGACGGGGAAGGCAGAGGAGCUUUUUAUGCGGAUUUUAGUCGCAACGGGCGCGUGGCGUUUCUGUUGGAGCGACGGAUAGCCUUGCUGGCGGAGGUGGAACAGAUGGCGCAAUGGCUUAUCGAGCAUGAUCCCGUGCAAUACGCUGGUCUUGCCGGCGGCUCGGCGUCGUAUUCUUGCGCAAACGCUCUUGUUUUCUAUCAGUUUCACAUGACGGCGUUUCUUGACGCAGCUCGCAAGGCAAGUGACUUGGGCUCGAAGGAUGACAAGGUGGUGGCAUUUUUAGCGUUUUUUGCUAUGCGGAAGGGCAAGCCCCCCAGCACAAUCGAGGCUUUGUGUCAGUUUGCUGCGGACAUUGAGUCGUAUUUUGCCGAGUUGCGGCGUCUUCAGCCUUUUGAGCUGCUGCAGACUCCGCGCCAGAGGGGUGACAUGUAUUUGAUACACCAUGCGCGCAUCGUUGCCAUGACUUGUACGCACGCGGCAUUAAAUUACAGCAAGAUCGCUGAUCUUGGACUGCGAUUUGGAAGUCUCGUCAUGGAGGAAGCUGCUCAGGUAAGCGAAUUGGACAGCAUUGUGCCUCUCUUGCUCACGUGCUCCAACAAAGCUGGAGCAACGUCAAAUGAAAGCCAUGAGUGUCCAGGCCUUCAGCGUGUGGUACUCAUGGGCGAUGCAAAGCAGUUACCUCCUGUGGUAAAGUCGCUUGCGCUGAAAAGCUACGCGCACUUCGACCAGAGCCUGUUUACUCGACUGCUGCGUCUCGGUGUUCCUCACAUUGUCCUUGACCGCCAAGGUCGCAGCCGGAGUGAGUUGGCUGACAUCUAUCGGUGGCGAUACGACGAAGCAUCCGCUGACGGAGGAGAACCCUGCACAACGUUGGGAGAUCUGCCUCGUGUGAAGUCAGAGGUCCAGUACCAGACAGGUAACGUCGGGUUUUCGCAUGUGGCACAAUUUGUGGAUCUCUCGGGAACAGCAAAAGAGCGCCAGUCGAAACCGUUCGCGUACGAAAACGAAGAAGAAGCUCGCUUUAUCGUCGCGCUGUUUCAAUACAUGCUGCGCGUCGGCUACCGCGCUGACCAGGUAGCCAUCCUCUCGACCUACAACGCACAAAACGAGCUUUUGCAGCGGUUGCUGCGCGCCCAAGUCCCUGAAGCCGCCAAGACCUGUCAAGUGUCUACCGUUGAUCGCUUUCAAGGUCAACAGAAUGACUUCGUGUUGCUAUCCACGGUGCGUAGCGGAACCAGUGUGGGCCACCUGCGUGAUGUUCGUCGCGCUACAACCGCUUUUUCUCGCGCACGGCUUGGGUUGUAUGUGGUGGGGUGCCUCAGCACGCUGGAGCAGGCACAGGAGCUUCAGCCGUUCGUGUCCAAGUUAGUGUCUGUAGCCAAGAAGCAUGACGGUGACAAAGCGACAAAGCUAGCGCUUGUGCCAUCGGCAAGAGUGGGUGCGGCGGCACCGAGCAAGGGCGAGGCGCGCAAAGCGAGAUCAAGAGCGAGUCACAAUAUCGUGUACGUUUCGGAUCGGAAGCAGCUCGAGAAGGUGGUCGCAGAGCUGAAGGCGUAG